AUCGUGCGCUGCAAACGCACUCGUCAGGGCCUGGACCACGUGUUCUGUGUUGACUGUCAAAGUCUCAGAAAGCCCAAUUCCCGGAAGCGGUGAGUUCUGAGAUAAGUUUCUGUACCUGAGUGCCCCCGUGUCCGCGGAUCGCCAACCAUGAGCGCCCCGGGCGUGCUGUCCUUUACCCAGCAAGUUUGGGAGCAGGUGCUAGCCAAAAUGAAACGGGCUCUGGUCUACUUGGACGCCGCUUGCGCCGAGAGCCUGCACUGGGGCUGUGGAUCCACACGACUCCUGGAGGCAGUGGGGAGUCCUGCGUGUCACCUGCGGGAGUUUGAGCCAGAUGCGGCUGGCGGCGGAGCAGAGCAGCCCAAGGCAGUGUUUGUGUUGAGCUGCCUGCUGAAAGGCCGGACUGUGGAGACUCUACGGGACAUCAUCCGCCGCAGUCAUUUCCAGUAUUGUGUAGUGGUCACGGCCGUGAGCCAUGCUGUCCACCUCACAGCUAACCACGUACCAGCGGCGGCAGCAGCCGAGCUGGAGGGGCAGCAGCCAGUGUUCGAGCAGUUGGAGGAGAAACUGUGUGAGUGGAUGGGCAACCUGAACUACACGGCCGAGGUGCUGCACGCCCCCUUGUUGCUCGCCCCUGUUGCUCCCUACCUUGCCUUGACUCCAUCCUUUGCUUCCCUUUUCCCACUGCUACCCCAGGAUGUGCAUCUCCUUAACAGUGCUCGACCGGACAAGAGGAGGAUGGGAAGCCUGGCUGAGGUGGAUGCCACUGCCCUGACCCCUGAGCUGCUGCUGCAGAUCAGGUGCCUGGUGUCAGGCCUCAGUUCUCUGUGUGAGCACUUAGGGGUACGGGAGGAGUGUUUUACUGUGGGCUCGUUCAGUCGGAUCAUCGCUUCAGAUCUAGCCAAUUAUGCCCCUGCCAAGAACAGGAGAAAAACUGCUUCAGGCAGGGCAUCAGUGGUCUUUGUGGACAGAACUCUGGAUCUCACAGGGGCAGUUGGACAUCAUGGAGACAAUUUAGUAGAGAAGAUAAUUUCAGUGCUUCCCCAGCUUCCAGGCCACACUAACGAUGUGAUGGUCAACAUGGUAGAGCUCACUGCACUCCAGGCCAAGGAGGAGAAUCACAAUAUGGUUGCACCAGGCUGUCUCGCACAAUCCAAUGACACUGCAGCCAAAGCCCUCUGGGAAGCCUUACUGAGCACCAAGCACAAAGAGGCAGUGAUGGAAGUUCGGAGACAUCUAGUGGAAGCUGCAAGCAGAGAAAACCUGCCAAUCAAGAUGAGUAUGGGGAGAGUAACACCAGGGCAGCUCACAUCCUAUAUUCAGCUCUUCAAGAACAACCACAAAGCUCUGAUGAAUCAUUGUGGUCUCCUACAGCUUGGGCUGGCCACAGUUCAAACUCUGAAACACCCACAGACUGCCAAAUGGGACAACUUUCUGGCUUUUGAAAGACUCCUUCUCCAGAGCAUUGGGGAAUCAGCAAUGUCUAUCGUGUUAAAUCAGCUGCUGCCCAUGAUUAAGCCUUCUAACCAGAGGACCAGUGAUGACUAUAGCCCUGAGGAGCUGUUGAUCCUCCUGAUAUACAUUUAUUCUGUCACUGGGGAAUUCACAGUGGACAAAGACCUGGGAGAGGCUGAAGAAAAACUGAAGAAAGCAUUGGCUCACGUCUUUUGUGAGGAAUCUGAGUUGUCACCAUUGCUGCAAAAAAUCACAGGACCAGGCAUGAUGCUAAGCGCUGAUCAAACAGAAAUGACUUGGUUCUUGCUCUUAAGCCUAGAAGAGGAGACACAAGCAAACACAAUAGUUCCUCUAUGGUAUCAAUUGGCUUCCUUCCUUACAACAGAUAUUAUUUAGAGGAAAAUUAACUUUUUCUCCAACAACAGAUGUUGGUGGUAUCAUUAACACGGUAGAGAUUUGUAAAGUUGUUUUUUUUAAUAAUGAUGAUGAUGAUGAUGGUGUUGAUAAAUAUACUUUGUGAUGUUAUGCAGAUACUUGCAUUUUUUUUUUUAUUUUUAUUUUUUGCAUUGUAAACAGAAAGGACAGAAACUACGAUGUCAGCCUAAAUGGUUCUGUGGAAUCUCAUAGGCACACAGGACUUUAUUAGGCAACUGUGUGGUGGAGAGCAGAGUGGAGGAAGGGAAAGAGGGCUGGAAUCAGAGUCCAGGCCACACCACCACCUGAGAUUCCAGGAGCAUGUGGCUGUUUGAGGCCUCAGAUUACUCAUCGCUAAAAGGAAGCCCCUAUGCUGAAUGGGCCAGAUAAUCUCUAAGGUUUCCUCGCUGAACACUGACUGGGUUUUGCCAUGCAACUUCUUCCUUUGACAGAUGAGGGGAACUGGUGCCAGGACUUGUCCAAGGUUAGUACUAGCAGAGCCAGAAGAAGAAUCCAGUUCUCUGGCUCCAAGUUCCUUGUUCUUUCCAAUUCCUUUUACACAAUUUCAGGGUGUUCAGAUGCAGUGUAAGAUGAUGGCAAAAGGUUAGAACUUUGCAGAAAAAUAACAUAGCAAUGCAAUGUGGGGAAAAAGAGGGAAUCCUUAAGGUUUGGUUACAGUCCAUCCAAAAUUUGUCCAGAAUACCUGGGCCCCCUCAGACACAGCCCACUGCGAUCCACAGCCCUUGAGGUAUCUUCUCAGUCCUCUCUCACCAUUCAUCCCACCAGCCUGUCGACGCCGUGGGAGUGGGCCCCUCCUGGCUGGUAGAGAGUUCCCACCUUGAACUGGAGUGGCCUCCAGUGCUGCCCCACUUCAAACCCAGUGGUCAAAAGUUAGGUCAGCCCCAGGACUGGGAGGAUAGGUGGAGGGCCAGGCAAGGCACAUCUGUGCCCUCACCCCCUCACCACAGCACCACCAGCCAACCUGCGGCUUGGGUCACCAGUCAUCUUUGUGACAACCCCAAUUAUCUUCCACACUUUCUUCUGUUUCCAACUCUGUCUGAGGGUAUGCCAAGUACAAAGCAGUCUAUGAAUAAUUUCAGUAUAUGAUAAAAAAGUACCUGUCCUAUUAUUGUUGUUGUUGGGUGCCAUUAAGUCGAUUCUGACUCAUAGAGAUCCUAUAUGACAAAGUAGAACUGC